ACUUCGGAAGCUCUCGCGAGAUCUUCACGAUGCUAUAUAUGUGCGCAGGGAGCCCGCGUCCUUUCCCUGGUGUGAUUCCGUCCUGCGCGGCUGUUCUGUGAACAGUAGUCGUUUAUUUCCGUCCGCCUUCUCUCCCACCCAAGUGCGAGCCACCACCCCAUGGAAGAUUCGAUGGAUAUGGACAUGAGCCCCCUGAGGCCCCAGAACUAUCUUUUCGGUUGUGAACUAAAGGCUGACAAGGAUUAUCACUUUAAAGUGGAUAAUGAUGAAAAUGAGCACCAGUUAUCUUUAAGAACGGUCAGUUUAGGAGCUGGUGCAAAGGAUGAAUUGCACAUUGUUGAAGCAGAGGCAAUGAAUUAUGAAGGCAGUCCAAUUAAAGUCACACUGGCAACUUUGAAAAUGUCUGUACAGCCAACGGUUUCCCUUGGUGGCUUUGAAAUAACACCACCUGUGGUCUUACGGUUGAAAUGUGGUUCAGGGCCUGUGCAUAUUAGUGGACAGCACUUAGUAGCUGUGGAGGAAGAUGCAGAGUCAGAAGAUGAAGAGGAAGAGGACGUGAAACUCCUUAGUAUAUCUGGAAAGCGUUCUGCCCCUGGAAGUGGUAGCAAGGUUCCUCAGAAAAAAGUAAAACUUGCUGCUGAUGAAGAUGAUGAUGAAGAUGAUGAUGAUGACGAUGAUGAUGAAGAUGAUGAUGAUGAUGAUUUUGAUGAUGAGGAAGCUGAAGAAAAGGCUCCAGUAAAGAAAUCUGUACGAGAUACUCCAGCCAAAAAUGCACAGAAAUCAAACCAGAAUGGAAAAGACUCAAAACCAUCAACACCAAGAACAAAAGGUCAAGAAUCUUUCAAAAAACAGGAAAAGACUCCCAAGACACCGAAAGGACCUAGUUCUGUAGAAGACAUUAAAGCAAAAAUGCAAGCAAGUAUAGAAAAAGGUGGUUCUCUUCCCAAAGUGGAAGCCAAGUUCAUCAAUUAUGUGAAGAAUUGCUUCCGGAUGACUGACCAAGAGGCUAUUCAAGAUCUCUGGCAGUGGAGGAAGUCUCUUUAAGAAAAUAGUUUAAACAGUUUGUUAAAAUUUUCCGUCUUAUUUCAUUUCUGUAACAGUUGAUAUCUGGCUGUCCUUUUUAUAAUGCAGAGUGAGAACUUUCCCUACCGUGUCUGAUAAAUGUUGUCCAGGUUCCAUUGCCAAGAAUGUGUUGUCCAAAAUGCCUGUUUAGUUUUUAAAGAUGGAACUCCACCCUUUGCUUGGUUUUAAGUAUGUAUGGAAUGUUAUGAUAGGACAUAGUAGUAGUGGUGGUCAGACAAAUGGAAAUGGUGGGGAGACAAAAAUAUACAUGUGAAAUAAACUCAGUAUUUUAAUAAAGUA